AUGGUGCUUCAACCAUACCUCAUCGAGCCCCUCUCGAGCGUCCUCGCCUCCUACUCCUCCUCCAUGCCAGACCUGCUCUCAAUUUUCCUCCUCGCCAUCAUCAUCAUCGUCUCCCUCAAGGUUCUCGAAUACGCCUAUCGCGUGGUCAUGUUCUGGGUCAUGCUCGCUUUCAGGCUUGCCUUCUGGGGCUCGAUUCUCGGUCUCGGCUGGUAUAUCUACAGUGUUGGCAUUGAGAAUGCGGGCAGGGAUUUCGGGUGGCUUUAUGGUGUGAUAUAUGGGUUUGUGGACGAUUUUCAGGAAAAGAGUAAGAUCGCUGCGGCGGCUUAUGCGGGGAAUCCAAAGUAA